AUGUCACGGCAACAAAGCAGUGCCUUCAGCAUCGGAUCUCUAGUUUUAACUCCUAAACAAGAUGAUUUUUGUUACUAUGAAGAUAUGACAGAAACGGAAUUACGACAAGCACUUGAAGAUAUUGUUUAUUCGAAUCUAUUCCUGAGGUUAGAAAAUGACAUUUUUGAACGAUACCUCGCGCGUCGAGAUCCUGAAAGUCUUCAAACAAUAGCACAAAUCUUAGAAACCGCUAAGCGCGUACAAAAAAUCGCGCCUCAACACUCUCGCACAUCACCCGUUAUAAGUGUAACCGGAAGUCUUGUGAAUGUUCGCGACAGAGAUUCAGUGAGCGUCGCCAGCGUGCGAUCCGGAAGUCGACACGUCACGCCAAGUCUUUUAACAGCCAGAGCACCAACAGGAGGAACAAAAAUCACGUAUAUGCAUCGUAUCGAAAUGGCAAAUACCGAAAUUCGGGAAUUACAGAAGGGAUUAGAAAAAUUCGAACAAACAUCGACGAAGAAAAAGAUAUAUCUACGAGCGCGAAUGGAGGAAAGUCAAAUUAGCACUCGCGAAACUUGUAGAACUAGGGAAGAAUUUGAAGAAAACGUUGUACAGAAAGGCAUAGAUAGCAUUACAGGGAAAAUACCGGCUGAAAAGUUUAUCAGAUUUGUAGAAGAACGGUUAAAAGUAGUCGACAUCAUGGUGGAACAAAUCAGAUUGAAGAUGACUACCAUAAAGUGUCAGAUAAGAAAAGUCAAGUUGCAGUUGAAGCAGAGAAAAGAACUGGGCGAGGCUUUACGCGCCAUAGAUUUCGAACAAUUGAACAUAGAAAAUGAGGUUUGCAUACGAAAAAUUGACGAGAAAACUCAGUAUCUCCUCGAAAUGAAGAGAAUCGUGGGCCACUAUAGCAUUGCAUUGAGCAAACAUAAGGAAAAAGUGGAAGGCUUGAUGUUGAUUAUGAAUGAAAUAAAAGACAAAAUUGUUUCCAAAAGACAGGAGAUCAUAAACUUGCAAUCAGAACAAAUUGCUACAAAGAUUGAAAUAGAGAAAGCGGAAAAACAACUUAAGUCAACGGUGGAGUUAAUAGAGAACUUUGAAGUCCCGAGUGUUAUAGAUUCUAUUAAAAUGCGUAUGAAGCUACAGGAAUUACAAAGAAUCCACAAGCAAUUAAGCAGGCAAAGAGAGAUUCAGCGAAUAACGCUCAAGUCUCGAAAACAAUUACGAGAUAUAUCUUAA